AUGGUGACAGACAACUUGGGGGGAAUGGUGGAAUCAGUACAAUAAAAAAGAGCAACUAAAGUUGAAUGAGCAAAACACACAAAAAGUAGAAACAAAAAAAUAAAAAUAGGAGACAGUUUGAAAUUCAGGACUGUGCCAAUAAAGAAAACAACUCAUAUCAAGCACCACCACUGAAACAGCUAAGAAUUUUACAUCUAUUUGCUUCGGAGGAAAUCCUCUUGCAAUCCGUGAAUCUGAGUAAUCAGACAUAGUCAAGAAAUCCUAAUUGUUUUUUAAAAAAAGUUUUUCCAUCUUAUAACAAACAACCCAAAGGAUAUGUUAGACAAGUCUGUUUGGGCAUGUAAUUAGACAGUAUUACUGUAACAACUGAAGAAAACAUAAGUAUUGAGUGUUGGCUAAUUUUCUUCUCUGCUUUUUUUAGUUUUUGAAGGCUGUGAUAACACCAGAGUAUCUUCUAAUCCUAGACUAUCGCAAUACAAAUCUGGAAAAAUGGCUGUUCCAAGAACUGGCAUCUCAGCUAGCUGGAGAAGGCCAACUAGUUACAUAUUCUUUGCCUUUUGAAUUCAGAGCUAUAGAAGCAAUGCUGCAGUAUUGGAUCAGCUACCUGAGUGGCAAACUUAGCCAUCUGCAGCCUCAAAUUCUUGAAACUCUGGAUGCUUUAGUGGAUCCUAAGCUUUUGUCCCUGGAUAGGAGUAAAGUCCAUAUUUUACUGCAAAAUGGAAAGAGUUUGUCUGAAUUAGAAACUGACCUUAAAGUUUUCAAAGAGACGAUAUUGGAAAUCCUAGAUGACAAAGAAGUCAUGGAAGAACUGUGUCUAACUAAAUGGACAGACCCAGAAGUAUUGUAAGUAUAAGUUGUAAAGGAAUGUUUUUGGUAGUCCAAAUUUCACUUCAAAGUUUUAGAGAAGGAGGAAACAUAAGUUCCAUUAUUUUUUUAAACUGGUUAAGUUUCCAAAUGCCUUAAUUUUCCACUGCACAGCAUAGCUAUACUGCUCCCCUCAAAAGCACAUCAAAUGCUAUCUUAUCAGAAACCAAUUGACCAUUGUCUGACAAUUAUUGCUAUUACCGUAGUUACCGUAGUUGACUUGUGACCUUGAAAAAUAUGUGGUUUCUGUAAAAUAUGAAGCCUGACAAAUGCAUUUUAUUGGGCUCUCAUCAAAAUCUGUUUGAUUUAUCUACUUACAAUAGAAUUCUGUCACAUGGUGUAUUUCAGUCAAAAUUAGA